AUGCCUUCAUUUGCGGAAUUGAAAGCCAAAGCGGCCAACGCCACUUCAUCUGGCAUGGAGAGAAUGCAGAACAUGAGAGAUCGGAACACCAGUGUUCCUAUGGCCAAGACGAAUUGGGAUCCGUACAGCGGAAAUCCACCGCCGCGACCUCCUCCCCCGCGUAGUCUGGUGAACCGGAAUACGAAGCCGCAGGCUCCUUUACCACCCCCUCCGAGCAGGACGGCGUCUGCAGCAACAUCUUCGUUGAGUCGAGCAAGUUCGACGGCUUCCACGCCUCCUUUGCCUGCUCGUGGUACACCUAGCCCUGGAGCCCCACCUCUCCUGCCUUCGCGAUCUAAAGGCCCUGCACCUCCAGCCCCUCCACCUCGGUCGACCGGCCCACCCCUUCCAGCUGGAGCCCCACCACCUCCCAUUAAUCGAUCGACCCGUCCGGAUGCCCUACCCCGUCCCGCAGCUCCAGCUAGACCUCUAGCCCCUGCAAAGACCCAACCGAAGAUCGAUUGGGCAAAUCUCUCCCCCGAGGACAAGCAGGUGUUUUUCAGCUGGCUGGACGAGUUCUUUGCGAACUUCAAACCUCCGAGGACGGUUGAAGCCGGUCGGGAAAAGGAAGAGAAUCAUGAGCUCCCUUCGCAGGGGCCACCACCAAUUCGUGCGGCGAGUAAACCCACGUCUUGGUCCCACUCGCAAGGCAAUCAAUUUGCUCCUCUCUCACACCCGCCUGCAACACAGUACGGGUCAGCGGGGCUCGACCUUGCGCAUUAUUUCUCUCCAGGGACUGUGUGGUCCGGGGCUUGGUACAACGCCACUGAUGGGCCGACAAUCCCACCUCCCAUCGUCGGGAACAAAGACCACACAUUCACCUGCUCGUGGCGAUCGAGAGGGUCGAGCAAGACGACACACGUUGGCGUAAUUUUCUCGGACCUCAGUAUCUUUUGGGGAACCGUGGAUUUCACGACGACGAACCCCGAGGACCAGAGCCAGGUGAAACGGAGUGCCAUCUACCUGCCUCCGCCCAAGGCGCUCGACCGGCAGGAGCUUUUGGACGCACACGAAACGUACGGCGAGACGAUUGCUCUGUACGCCGAGUCGUUCUUAGGCUCCGGACAGUGUUGUGCCCGCGGAGAGUGCUGGGAUCUCGCAAACGAAGGGCUCAAGUACUUUGCCGCGUACGACUACAUCCCGAAAACAGUCCCGAGUAUCAGUCGUACCCAUGGGCAUCUGAUUUUCGAGGGAAGAGCAAGCAAUGGAGGACGGCAGAUGGAGGGCCAGUGGCGUGGCGGCGACGACCGUGUCAGGCGCGGUGACAUCGCGGAAUGGCGGCAGGUCAGGAUAGGCAUGGGCGGUGUCCAUCGUGGAGGCUUCUACACACUGGGCGACCCAGACCACACCGCGGUUAUUGUCAGCGAUGCCGUGCCGUCAUCCACACCGAGAGACGGUGCUAGUUUGAGCCCUGCGAGCCUCGGGAUUCUCACUGUGGUCGAGCAGAGCCUAGGAAAGCCGCCAGAGCGCCGCGAGUACGAUCUAAGCUGUUUCGAAGAGGGCGAGAUGUGGAUAUACAGGCCCAUUGGGAUGCAGACAUACCUAGGUGUACCCGAUAUAACCGCAACACCUCCAGAGGGGGUAACAGGAUUGCGGGCUUGGUGA